GCCAUGUUGGAGCUACAGUGGAUUCGGGCUGGGAUUUUCUGACGCCGUAUGUUUUUCUUAAAUUAUCUGGUUUCUAACGCCGUUGGGGUUCGUCAACCGUGCGCUACCGGCGCCGUAAUCGGCCGUGGAAAUGAUGAACUCCAGUGUCGACCUGUCCCGGAGGAAUCCGCAGGAGGAUUUCGAGCUGAUCCAGAGGAUAGGAAGCGGCACAUACGGAGAUGUUUACAAGGCUCGUAAUGUGAACACAGGAGAGCUGGCUGCUAUCAAAGUCAUCAAACUGGAACCGGGUGAGGACUUUGCCGUCGUCCAGCAGGAGAUCAUCAUGAUGAAGGACUGUAAACACUCCAAUAUUGUCGCCUAUUUUGGCAGUUAUCUCCGGAGAGAUAAGCUGUGGAUCAGUAUGGAGUACUGUGGAGGAGGUUCUCUGCAGGAUAUCUAUCACGUAACCGGGCCUUUGUCGGAGUCACAGAUAGCCUACAUGUCACGGGAGACCCUGCAGGGUUUGUACUACCUACACAAUAAAGGCAAAAUGCACAGAGACAUUAAGGGAGCCAACAUCCUCCUGACAGACAACGGCUACGUUAAACUAGCUGACUUCGGUGUAUCAGCCCAGAUCACAGCAACCCUCGCCAAGAGGAAGUCAUUCAUUGGAACGCCUUACUGGAUGGCUCCAGAGGUGGCAGCCGUGGAGAGGAAAGGCGGCUACAACCAGCUGUGUGAUAUCUGGGCCGUGGGCAUCACUGCAAUAGAGCUGGCCGAGCUGCAGCCGCCCAUGUUUGACCUCCACCCAAUGAGGGCUCUGUUCUUAAUGACCAAGAGUAAUUUCCAGCCUCCUAAAUUGAAAGAUAAACUCAAGUGGACAAAUAACUUCCACCAUUUUGUCAAACUAGCCCUGACCAAGAACCCAAAGAAGAGGCCCACGGCUGAGAAACUGCUCCAGCAUCCUUUCGUGUCGCAGCCUUUGAGCCGGACGUUGGCGAUCGAGCUGCUGGACAAAGCCAACAACCCCGACCACAGCACCUACAACGACUUCGACGAUGACGACCCUGAACCUGAGUUUAAGUACAGGGGUCAUUUCCUACCCAUAAGCCCUGGUGCUCGGCGUGCACCCCGUUUUGCGGCCCGUAGGAAGUCUCCGGUCUCAGUUCCUCAUCGCAUCCGUUCCACCAGCAGGAGCACCAGAGAAGGAAAGACGCUGUCUGAGAUUAACUUUGGUCAGGUGAAGUUCGAUCCUCCACUGAGAAAGGAAACAGAACCUCAUCAUGAACCGUGUGAUUCUGAGCCCUAUCUGGACUGUGUUGAGGAGCUCUACUAUACCGCGAGAUCUAAUCUGGAUUUGCAGUUGGAGUACGGCCACGAUUCGCCGAGUCUGCUGGGAGGAAACAAGAGUCUUCUUAAAUCUGUGGAGGAGGAGCUGCAGCAGAGGGGCCAUGUGGCACACUUAGGGGAUGAUGAGGAUGAGGAUGGUGCAGAUGAUGAUGAAACUCACACUCACAAAUCCAGCACUAUCAUGAGGCCAAAGGUCCCUCCACCGCUUCCUCCUAAGCCCAAGUCCAUCUGCUCGUCCCAACAGCCGCCACAGCAGCAGCAGCAGAAACAGGACGACAGCCAAUCGCACAGCGAGGACGAUGGCGGAGGGGGAGGGACCAUCAAGCGCUGUCCGGUCCCGGAGACGCCGAGCCCCGCCAAGCCCGCCUCCAACGUCCCGCCGCGGCCGCCGCCCCCCAAACUGCCGCCCCACCGCCGCAGCAGCCUAGGUAACGAGAGCCCGAAGCGCACAGACGUGGAGCACUCUGCCCCAGAGGAUGAUGGGAGCUUUAGGCAUUUCUGGGAGUGGCUCCACACGCCUCACACUGAGGAGGAGCUGGAGGAGGCGUGGGAGGUGCUGAAGGAGGUGAAGGAGGAGCAGGAAAAAGAGGAGGAAGAGAGUAAUGGGCUGAACUCUCCCCAUAACGGAGAGAGGGAUAGUCCAGCAGAGAGGCAGUCCACCAUGCCCCCUAGUGUCCCCAUACGGAAAGACAAGAAGGAUGUGCCGAAGCCGAUCAGUAAUGGUCUCCCUCCAACACCCAAAGUCCAUAUGGGUGCGUGUUUCUCCAAGGUGUUCAACGGUUGUCCUCUGAAGAUCCACUGCGCUACUUCAUGGAUCAACCCUGACACCAGAGACCAGUAUUUGAUAUUCGGAGCUGAGGAGGGAAUCUACACGUUAAAUCUAAAUGAGCUGCAUGAGACGACGAUGGAACAGCUCUUCCCUCGGCGGUGUACUUGGCUAUACGUCAUGAACAACUGUCUUCUUUCCAUAUCUGGAAAAGCCUCCCAGCUGUACUCCCAUAGUCUGAGUGGUCUGUUCGAACAGGCCCGGCAGUUACAGAAGCUGCCCGUAUCCAUUCCCACACACAAGCUGCCUGAUAAGAUGAUUCCCAGGAAGUUUGCUGUGUCCAAUAAAAUUCCAGACACUAAAGGGUGCCAAAAGUGCUGCGUAGUUCGUAACCCGUACACCGGCCAUAAGUACCUGUGUGGAGCCUUCCAGUCCAGCGUCAUGCUGCUGGAGUGGGUCGAGUCCAUGCAGAAGUUCAUGCUCAUCAAGAACAUUGAUUUCCCGUUGCCGUGUCCACUGGAGGUCUUUGAGAUGUUGGUGGUCCCGGAGCAGACCUACCCUCUGAUCUGCGUGGCGGUCAGUAAAGGAAUCGAACUCAACCAGGUGGUCCGAUUCGGCACCGUCAACCCCAACUCUACCUCCUCCUGGUUCACAGAAGCAGACACGCCACAGACAUGCGUGAUCCACGUCACUCAGCUAGAGAGGGACACCAUCCUAGUCUGCCUCGACAGGUGUAUAAAGAUCGUGAACCUCCAGGGCCGGUUGAAAUCCAGCAGAAAGCUGUCGGCUGAGCUCACCUUCAACUUCCAGAUCGAAUCCAUAGUUUGCCUCCAAGACAGCGUCCUGGCCUUCUGGAGACACGGCAUGCAGGGACGGAGUUUCAAGACCAACGAGAUCACUCAGGAGAUCUCCGACAGCACACGCAUCUUUAGACUACUGGGAUCAGACAGACGAGCCGACUGUAGAGAUCCAGACACUGAGGACAGAGGCCUCAAUCUGCCCAGGGUGGUGGUGCUAGAGAGCCGGCCGACGGACAACCCCACAGCCCACAGCAACCUCUACAUCCUGGCAGGCCAUGAAAACAGCUACUGAGACGCUCACAAACACACAUAAACACUUUCCCCCGUCGCUAUCGCAGACUACGGGGAGAGCUCACCCUCUGCUAACCUAACAGCCCUCCACCUGUGCGACCGGCAGGCGAGCAGCUCUCGGUUUGUGCAGAUUUUAAAAAAGCACCGCGGUGUCGUCAGUGAAGCGUGUCGUGUUUAGAGCAGGUUUAAAAGCACCGGUUUGGGUUGAGAUAGACGAGGAAUCUCCUCUCUGCACCUUAGAAGACUUUCCUGAUUCCAUCCCGCCUCCCCCUGCUGCAUUCUGGGAAUAAAACCGCAUCCAACACUACUUCUACUACUACUUCUACACAUACUACUACUACUACUACUGCUACUGCUUCACAGAAGGCCAUCCUGCACACAAAACCUUCUCAUUCUCCUCUUUCCUGUUUCUUUUCUUUCUUUUUUUAAACCUCCCUCCUUUAUUUAUUGUGGCAUGACGUAACUUAAUCAACCGGGAUCCUGUUUUAUUAAUUUUUUUAUUUUAAAGGAUGAAAAACAAAGACUAAAAAAAACAAAAAAAAGCUUUGCCGCUUCCCGCUGGCAUCCAUCCCCCGCCACCUCACACCACACACAAGUGCUUAAUUGACCUCUAUUUAAUUGUUGUAAAUAUAAAUGUAGUAUUUUUUUGACAGAGAUGAACACUAAGCGGACCGGUCGUUGUAGAUAGGGCGUGUUUAUAGUUGCAGAUGUGAAACCAUGGAGACGGAAAUGUUCAGAUUCACCCUCACCGAUCAGGAGACAAGAAAGCCCCCCCCCCCCCGGCUUCAGCUAUCCCAUAAUACUCCCGCCAAAGUGUCAGGACCGGAAGGCGACGCUCGAUCGGUCACCCUGCAUGCAUCCGACGCCGCCGCGGCUUCCUGCUUGUUCGCACCAUAGCUACUGUCGCCGGGGCAACGUUCAGAGUUCCAUUGGGUUCGUUCCUCCAUCGUUCCAUUCAUGUUUUUAUGAGCUGUUUUAAAAUCAGAACGUCUUUAUUUGUUCUUUAAUGCUCUUUUUUUUUUUUUUUUUUUUUUUUAAUCGAACCACUGGUGUUAAAAAUUUUGCACAAAGAAAAAAAUGUAUUUCAUAAACAAAUGUGAUGUCAUUAUAAUAUAUGACCUUGUGUGUGUGUGUGUGGGUGUGUGUGUGUGUGUGUGUGUGUGUGUGUGUUCGUAGACAUAGAAUAUGCACAUACGAGUGCAUCGCGUACAGAUCCGGCCUUUAAUCAGUGGCGGCUGCUUAAAAAAGAACAUCAAAAGCUGGAUUUACACAGAAAUAAACAUUUUAAGCCACAAUUUCAAGCAUUAAUGUCCAAAAAAUAACAUUUAAACACAAAGAGCUCUGAAAUCCCUUUUUGGUCCAAGAUAAACCUCUAAAACCUAAAACCUAAGAAGUGUGUUAAAGUUUCACCUUUACAGAUUUUCUAAAUAAAAAUGAUCCCUUAGUGUUCUAAAAUGGCUUAGAUGUAACUCUACACACCUGUUUCUUUUUAGAUUUUGCAUCUCGAGCACAUCGUACUCAAUGCUACGCUACGGCAGCUUGGAAUAUUAAAUCAGGAGAGUCAACUUCAUUCUAGUUCAGGUUCCACAUUCAGCCCAUUCUGAUCUCCAGUGACCAGUAAAAUCACAGUUUAAUAACCUAUAAAUAACCACAACUCCACAUAUUUCCUUACAUAUGUACAUUGUGAAAAUGUUCACAUUUAAGGAUUUAAUUUUUACAAAACAUCAUGAACAACCUGAAAUUUCUGAAGAAAAAUAAGUUCAGUUUCAUCAACAUUCAGCCUCAGUUUAUCAUUUCCACAUUACAGCUUCCAGAUCAGAGUGUCUACAAAGGAACACAACAUUUAGUCAUCUGGAACUGAACCAUAGAGGAUUUUACUUUGAAAAAAGACAACAAAACAACAGAACAUUGCAAAAAUGAGACACAAAUGACAUAAGCAAGAAACAAAAUGAGAAAAAAUAAGACAAACAACAUGAAACAAAACAAAAAAGUGACCAAAAAUUUUACAAAAAAGUUACACAAAUGGACAAACGAGACAAAAAAUGACAAAAGUAUGAAACAAUAUGACAAAAAUGACACCCAAAACAAUGAAUAAAGCAAAACACAAAAUGACAAAAAUGAGACAAAAAACACAAGCGAGACAAAAAGGAAACACAAAACGACAGAAAUAUGAGACAGAUGAUAAAAGUCAGACAAAAAACAACAAAAACAAGACAAAAUAUUUCAAAAAUGAGACACAAAAUUACAAAAUAACAAUCUAGUAUUUUACUUUAUGAUCAAAACAACUUGUCAUGGUCUAGAAAUUAUUUUAAAUUUAUAGUUUUACUAAUUUACAAUCUGCAGUUGAUGUCUUCUCUGGAAUUUUUACACUUUGAGGGCCGGAUUGGACCCUCUGGAGGACUGCUUUUGGCCCGUGGACCGCAUGUUGGACACCCCUGCAUUAGAGUAAUUCAGCUGUAUGUGUUUGAUGUUCUAGAAACCCUGAACGUUGAUAGGAUUCUGGUUCUUUAGGUUUGUUUUGUAUCAUCGCUACACUAAAAUUUAAAGGUAGAAAUGCUCAGCUAAGGCUUUGACUGCUUAUUUUACUCAUGAGACACCACAUUUACAUCCAUUUACAGGUUGAAAAUGCUCAAUUUUCACUAGAAUACGUCUUUAAAACAGUAAAAAGGUAAUUUUAAUGAUUAAAAAUUCACUGUAAUUGAUCUGAUCUGGAACUACAAAACUCUAAUCUGAUGCUUGAGAAAGGAGAAAAACCAAAGCACUAGGAGCUUUUAAAACAUGUUUAAAGUGAAACACAGAGCUAAAGCAGCUGAUAUCUGUAGCUAUCCAGGAAAAAUCUCAUUAUCCUGUUUAUUUUCUCACUUUAGUACAGAAUCCACCCUGGAAACGUCGCCCACUUUGUGCUUUUAAUCAGAUUUUAAUUUCUGUGUAACUCUGAGCCUUUUAUUUGUUCCAGUAACAUUCUUAAAAUCCCGUUUAAAGCUUCAUCCGUCGCCGCUGUGACUCGAAAGGCACCGGAGAUCACACUACAUGCAUGUAGAUGCGCACGGCGUGGUGUGUAGGAGUGUGUGUGUGGCAGUACACUAGCAGUCCUUAAAGCUGUGACACUCGAGGUUUCUUCUGUUUAACACUAGUUUAGAUGAACCGAACUGAGGGGGAAAAUCUGUCGAAUCUUCCAGAGCUCAAACUUAAUUUCAACAACUUUAGUUGUCAUCUCUGAAUUUAAUCACAAAUGCAGCCUUUUUCUGUUUCUAAAAAACCUGCUUUUGCUGCCAUCUUGUGAGUAAUUUUAAGAUUUUUUUUCCCAUUAUCUUGUCACAACCAAGUAAAUAUGGUUGAUAAAACAGGAAAAACAGCAAAUCCAGUGUUGUCCUUUAAAUGUUCAGUAAAUUGGAGAUAUAUUCUUGGAUCACAAGCUGCAGCUUCGUAUAAAAUGUGUCCCUAAAUGGCUCUAAAGGAGAAAUUCUGGCAUGUAGGAGUUGGAUAAUGUAAGAAGAGAUUUUAACAGCUGUAUAAAGUGAAAUCUGAUUCCCUUCCAAAAUCCAGAAAAUUCAAAUAUUCUUGAACCUCUUGCAACCUUCACUGUGUUUUAAUUGAGUUUAUUUGUGGAUAAAGUUUCAACUCAAACAAAUCUGGCUAAAUUUCAACAUUUUAAAGUCCCUCUGAGGGGCUAAAUUUCACAUUUUUUUAAACAGAAGUGUUGCUUUGUGGCUGAAAAAGGCUCACUUCACAUCUACAGAAGAGAUAAAUGUCAAAUCUGUCAUGUUUGUUCCAUUUUCAAGUCCAGAAAUGUGCUCCAGCUGAACACGGUUUCACCAUUUAUGUUUUUUUCCUCUUAAAUAUUUAGAAUUCAGUCAAAUCUCAGAAAAAUCAAACGUCUUGGUCUUACUUUGAGUGCCCCAAAUGAGCGAUUUAGCCACAAAACUCGUGCUUCCUGCCAACAUCCGUUCACACAUCAGACCGGCCAGAACUUCAGGGCUGCAGCCAAGUUUUAUUUACAUUUUUUUUUUUUUUUUUUUUUUUUUUUUAAGCAAAAAUUGCUCCAUUAUUGUCAAAAAGGUUCGGUUAUUUCAUUGAUUUCGUGCCACUUUUGCUUGAAUUAACAAUAAAUGUCCUGCAUGACGGAGCUGUUCAACAGUUCAUCGUGUGUUUGGGGAAAAAAUUAAUGAAACAUUCCUUUAACCUAAUGCCAAAAUAUGUUGUUAAAGCUCCUCAUGGCCAUAUUUAGAUGUUCUACCUCGUGGUUUGUCCUAGACGAUUAAAAAAACAGACAUUUCUGGUUCUUAAAAACAGCCGUCAGCAGUGUCUAAAGUUAAAGCUUGUUCUCUAAACUCAAUCAUUGUCCUCACAGUCAAUGUGGAAAUGAAUAAAAAUUACUCAAACAUCAUGAAUACAAAGAAAUUUCCACUAAAAAUGACCUUUUUAGUGGAAAGUUCUAUAAAAAACUCUGUUUAUCUUGAAUUUUGAGAUUUCAAAAGCGUCCUUUCAAGCGGUUCUAACUUCUCCUGCCUGUUUUUGUUUUUCCGUGACUUUAAAACUUAAAAGCGUGCACGUCUGGGAUGUUUCUAGCGUAACAAAAAGUUCACGUGGGAUCUGUUUCGUAAAAUUCUGCCAUCGUAGACUCAGAAUAAAUCUGUAAUUCUGAAAGCAGGCGUGAAAUGUUCACGUCUGUUUUUGAAACUUGGAUUAAAUCACAUGUGGAAUAAAUCACCAGAUGUGUUGAAGUUAUGAAUUAGACACUCACUAAAGUAAACUCAGUUGGCAUUAGGAUGAUUUUCCUGUCGCUAACUCCAUCUCAAAGCAGAUUAAAUCCAGUUCCUGUGAGUUUAUUCCUGCAUCGGUUUGAUCCAGGUCUCCUCCCAGCCUUCAGACUCCGUUAGGUCGCCUCUGUUCUGUCGCUUUUUACAUCACCUUGGUCUUUUGUUUUCAUGAUGCAACGCAUAUGAAAUGUAAAUAGUGUAAAAUAAAAAUGGGUUUGUUUUACAUACUGUAUAAUUGCCUAUAUUUUGUUUCAGAAGUGUAACAGAUUUAUGAGAUGACAGGUUAACACAUUAAAAAGAAGGAACUCAA